CGGACGUCGCGGUUACCGUCGGUUCAUUGUUUGAUACAUAAUCAUAGAAAAAUGACAACGGAAAUUGUUUCAAAUACUGAAAAAAUGAUAAAUAACACUGUUAACUCGUUAUAAAAUGCGUAGUAGCCGUAGCAGGUUAUAAUACACGACUAUUAUGUAGUAAAAUAAUGAAUUUCACACACCGCCGCAGUCUUGAGUUCGAAUUGUAGUGAACUGUGUUGUGGAAUCGAUUUUUAGGUGUUAUUAAUGAAAUUACUGAGGUGCUUGUGGUUAUAUUGUUACAUAAAAGAUCCUGUUGAUUUGGACAACGCUACACGAGCUUUACUAUUGUGGAAACUCGACUCGCGUAGAAUCGAUAUAACUUAAUAAAAAAUGCAUAUUUUCCCUAUGGUUUCAUAAAGGCUCGGGUCAAUAUCGUACCGGUUAUUGCAAUACGAAUGUUUUUUUAAUAAACAACGUGGUUCCGGAGGCAGUUAAAGUGAUUUUAUUUUAGUGAAUAGUGUUUGUACUGGAUUAUUUGUUGUGCAUUCAAGUUUUCAAUCAUCAAAAGCAGGUGCCGGCGAAUGUGUCCGCCCCGCAGGACUAGCCGUUAUGUGAUAGUGCCCUCACAGUCGGCCAUUUUGUAACCAUGGCCGCCAUUUUGUGCGCGGCGCUGCUGCUGGCGUUCUCUGUCUAUUCUACACAAGGCGGAGGCUGCACAUUCCCAGAGUCCUGGACGGGCGCGUGGUUCCAGUCUGGAGUACCGGGACUAGUCUCGAUCAACCAGACACACAUACAGUCGAAAGGAGAGUGCUCUGAGACUGAGAGCUAUGACAAGUUCCUUUUAUAUGACAGGAGUGACGACUGCUACAGGUGUAUGGUGAUACACGAAAAGCACAGAUAUGUGCUGCAGUAUAAAGAAACAUACUGCUCGCCAAAGGAGACUCUGUCGUCGUUGUGCGACACGAUCACAGGCGACGCCGCGUUAUACUCCAUGUUCAGGAAGGACCCUGCGCCGGUACCGCAGCCCUGCCCGUUCAGACCUGCGCCGUUCACGUUCACAUAUAACAGAGGCGCCGGUGACUGCACGAAUCCGCCAUCGCGAGCCGAGUCGUGUACAGACGACUCGAGACUGCUGCUCCGGUACAUGGCGUGUCCGGAUGUCCAGGCCACUGAGAGCAAUGUGGAGGAGCUAGUAUGUCUAGCGACGUGGAAGGAGGGCUCCACGAGAUACCUGGUGGGCAAGAUAUCGCAAGUGCAGCGACGGAACGCUCUGGCGUCCGAUGAAGAUACUUACAGAUGCUUCAUCUACAAAGGACAGCAUAGUGACAAAACUAUGACGUACUACAUAGCACAGUCCGGUGACGCGACUUGCAAUGGACUGUCCUCGCCGACUGACGGCAGUCGGACCAUGAGGCUGACUAACAGCGAUGACGAGCACAAUCGAUGCCACUUCCCCAGUUGGAUAGUGGACCACCACAAAUGGUACAGUUUGGAUCACACCCAUCAGUACCAUUUCACCACCAAGAAUGCUACGCUAAAGAUAGCGAACGCGGACGGACAGUUGGAGGAGAAGAGAUUGGUGUGUCACUCCAUCUUAGAACAGAAGGAGAAGAAACAUAUAAAGCUGGUCGCACACGUCACUAAAGGAUGCGAAUCCGGGCACGUGUGCCUGGUGUUCCACCGGCGCUCCGCUCACGUGCUGGAGCUGCGCUCCGGCGCGGCGCUCUGGGAGUCCCCGCAGGACGCGUGCGCGGAGCCUGCGCACUCUCCGUCCGUCACUCUCAUCACCACUUCUUUGACUCCCGAACGGUGUCCGAUCUUCGGUCGGUACAGUGUGGUCAGCUUUAGCUGAUUCGCGGCGGAGACGGCAGCAGAUGACUAUAGG